CCUUUUCAUAUAACUAAAUAUGGGAAACAACCUCUGCGUCAUCGACCAACAAAACCAAAUGGAUCAAAGCAGGAAUAUGUUUGACCAAGUAAAGAAAAGUAAGUCCUGAGGCACAUGAAAAAAUUUGAAGAAGAAAGACUCAAAUAAAUUUGACACAGUUAGUUCUUCAGAAACCCAAGAUUCCAGUAUAGUAUACGUCCUCUCAAAGCACCCAAGCCGUUUGCCUCAAAGACACCACAGUCUGGUGCCCAUGAAGGCCGCAGAGGCUGAUAAAAUGAAAGCUCUCACUCAAAAAGUCAGAAGCAUCACCAAGCGCGACUCUUCAGUAUCUCUGAACGACAUGGUGGCACAGAAGAGUCAUCACGAGGAAGCUUUCCCAAAGCUAUUAUAAGAAUAAUU